AUGAGGAAACCUUGUUGUAAUAAACAAGACACAAACAAAGGAGCUUGGUCUAAGCAAGAAGACCAGAAACUCGUUGAUUACAUUACAAAACAUGGCGAAGGUUGUUGGCGUUCUCUUCCUGAGGCUGCAGGUUUACUUCGUUGUGGCAAAAGUUGUAGGCUAAGAUGGAUAAACUAUCUUAGACCAGACCUUAAAAGAGGCAACUUUGCUGAAGAUGAAGAAGAUCUCAUCAUCAAGCUUCAUGCACUCCUAGGAAACCGGUGGUCAUUAAUAGCUGGAAGAUUGCCUGGACGAACAGACAAUGAAGUGAAGAACUACUGGAAUUCUCAUUUAAGGAGAAAGCUUAUAAACAUGGGGAUCGAUCCAAAUAAUCAUCGUUUGAAACAGAAUCUCCUACGCCCUCAUAACCCUCCAAAUCCUGCUAGUGCAACAUCAACUGGAUUGAAAAUUCAGACCAUACAACAGCCAACAAAGCCUCCCGUUGAUAAUGAGCAAACAUCGGAUGCCGGAAGUUGCUUAGAGGAUGAUCAAUGUGCCUUGCCUGACCUAAACCUUGACCUCACAAUGAGCGUUCGUUCUCCUUCAAUUGCCCAUGUUGAAGGGAAUCCAAAGCAUUAUGAGUCUUAA